GCUCGUCCAUCCAGCUGACAGGAAUUGUGACCAGCAAUCUGCCACGGCCCGGGCACCAGCAGCAGGAGGACGAUGCCUUUCUCUCUCGCGCAUCGCGGAUCGCCGAGGGCUGAAUGAAUUGCAAAUGAAUGCGCCUGGAGGAGCAUGAGGGCGAGGCGUCCGCGCGUCAGCAAAGUGUCCGCACGAUGCGCCCCGGGAACGCAUUCCCUCGAGGAAGAGUGGCUGAUUCUGAGACCUCGCUCUGCACUUCGCCCGACGACAGAGGACGCUUUCGCUCGCGAGUUUUCGAUCUCUCGAGGAGGUGGUGGUGGUCGUGUCGUGAAUUUCCUGGAGUCUUUGAUCCCAGCGUCGUGAUCGCUCUAUUGCGACUCAUGGAGAUUCAGCUCCUUCUCCAAUUUUCUGGCAGAUUGCUAUGAAGCAUUCGUUAACCUCUAUAACUUGAAAGAAUACAGCAGAGGAGGAGCCUGGGAGUGCUGGAGACAAGAUGAGACUGAAGAAACUUGCUCCGCCAUUACUUGCAUCUUACAGAAGAUUGUUUCAUGAACUAUGCGUGGGUGUUCCAGUGGGCCGUGGAAUUCAUGGGCGCUCUGGAACUGCGAUAAUGAGGACGCCGCGGCCGAGCAAUGAUUGUGGAUACGAUCGGUUUCCAAGUGUCCCUGCUGUCAAGGUCUGUCACAAUGGCAGUGAAGGGCGUUCUGUUAGUUGGGUCAAUUCCAGGUGUUACAGUUCUUCGGCCAACAGUGAAGGGCCGGUUUCUGUGGACCCUAGCUCCUUGAUGGAGGAGGAGUAUUUCCAUGACAUUGAGGACCAUACUCUCCAUAAUCUGCAAGAGAAGAUAGAGAGGAUUGAAGACGAUCCAAACGAUGAUGAAAUCGCCUCAGGCUAUGUAGGUGAUAGACGGAGGUACACGAGUGGUAGAAAGACACUCAAACGUAGGCAGUUUGGUGUGACCAAGGAGAAGCUAGAAUUUAGAAGGGAAAUUAUUCGAAAUCUCGUCCACAACAUUGUAAAUCUGGACGAUGUGAAGUUAGUUGGGAAAGUCUUGAGCGAGUGGGUCAAAGAAUAUGCUUCUAGACGAGAGUCUCUAGUCAUGGUAAACACAGAUUAUAAUGGAAAUAGUAGCGCUCAAAGUUCUACAGGUAGAUUCCUACCAUAUUCAGAAGUUGCUCGUAUUGUACAUGCGGUUCUGCAAAUUGUAGGUGAGCAAGGUAAUCUCGAAGGUGCCUUAGAGGUUGUACGAUGGAUGGAGAGGCAGGGCUGGUGCAAGCUAGAUCCACAUUUGUACACUACAAUUAUUGAUACUUUCGGUGAGGCAGGUUGUUUAGAACUGGCCGAAAAAAUUUUUAGUAGCGUAAAUAUCUCCGAGGUAGAAAAAGACAUCGCACUUUUCAACGCAAUGAUCAACGCAAGGGGCAAGGCAGGGCAGAUUGACUCUCUGGAAGAUCUUUUCGAGUCCAUGAAGAAGAGCUUCUACAAACCUGACCUCGUGACGUACAACACCGUCAUGAACUCGUAUGUAAAAGCAGGCAUGGGGCUUGGAACGGUCGUCUCGGUAUUUAAAGACAUGUACACUCAGGGUAUAGAACCUGACAUUGUUUCCUUCAACAUUCUUCUUGAAGCUUGUGUUUCCGGCAGCCAUGUCAAAGAAGCUCAAAAGAUUUUCGAUAAUCUGAAGAGAAGGGGUCUGAAGCCCACGGUGAUCACGUAUACAACUCUGAUAACGGUUUACGCCAACUCUGGUCAUUGCAGUGAUGCCUUGCUGUUGUUGAGCGAGAUGUUAGCUCACAAUUGCUUACCUAACGCCGUCACGUUCAGCUCAUUAAUUACGGCCUGUGCUCGGGAUGGAGUCUAUGAAGAGGCCGAGAAACUUUUCCAAGUAAUGAAGGACUUCCAGGUUGAGCCAAACGUAGUCACCUAUAAUGCGAUGAUCGAUCUUAACAGGAAGCGCGGUGACUGUGAUUCAGCCAAAAGACUUUACCAGGAAAUGAACGCGGCUGGUCUUCAGCCAACCAGCAUAACUGCUGCUAGUCUUAUGUCAGCAUACAAGGCUUCGGGUAAUUAUGACGAGGUCUUUGCAACAUAUGAGGAAGCCAAGCUAGGAAAGAUAUGCAAUACACAUGUAUUUACGGAGGCCGUGGAUGCUUGCAUCAAGUCGGGAAAUUUAAUGAGAAUCUUGGAUAUACAGUCUGAUAUGUUGGCAGUCAACUGCCAUCCAGACGUGGUUACCUGUAGCAUUAUUCUUUCUGCCUUAGGUUCAAAAUGCAGUAGUGAGGAAGAGGCUUGCGUUCUUGUGGACUUUCUUCAAGCUUUCGAUAUCGAGUUGAUGGCGAAUUCUUGUCGAAUGCUGCUGGAGAUCAUGAUCAGUGAUGAAGAGGUGCAAAAGAAUAUACACAAGCUCUAUGUACUGCUAGAUAAGGAGGACAUCAAGACCUGGACGGUUUUCAGCUGUGCAAUGGUAGAUGCUCUUUGGGCUUUGGGCUGGUACCGCCGAGCCACCCUGGUUGUCGCCUGGGUUAUGGAAAAGGGUCUCUUCGACGAGAUAUGCGUCAUUCAACCAAGGGAAUGGAAACUAGAUUUAAGACGUUUGUCAAGUGGAGCUGCUUUGGUCGCUCUGUACCAGUGGUUCGGACAUCUAGCUUUAGUUGCUAGACAUUUAGAGUCAGUUAAACUUCGGAAGAUGUUGAAGGAUGAAACUGUUGAGAUGAGCAGUGAAGUAGAGAACGACUCAUUAGAUCAGAGGACAAGAAUGGUGACCCCUGAAACUAGCGUACUGGUGGAAGUACUACUCCCUCUUCUACCACGACUAGAAGACAUCCUUCCCGAUAAGGGGACUCGCCCAGUUGGAAGAUCACAUUUUGGUCUCCAGUGUCCACCUUUAGUUACUGUAGUCACAGGAUGGGGAAAAUUGAGUAGAGAAGAAGGCUCGUCCAUAGUCCGAACUUUAGUGCAGAGAGAAUUUGUCAAGCUUAGAGCACCAUUCAAACCAUCUGCAGACUCUGGGAAGUGGAUGUGUAGGGGUGAAAGUUUGAUGCGUUGGCUUUUGAAUCCCUCAACGGGAGCUCGACUGGUUCUUUCUGAUGUUGUACCCGAAGCAGAGCGUGCACAGUAAUUGUCCUGUAACAUAUUCGACCAGAGCAAAGUUGGAGCUCACUAGGGAAGGCACAUUGGAAGGCCACAUCACAUUUUCGUUCAGAGUACGAAAAUGUGAGUGAAGCAUAAGUUCGGAAAACUCGGAGUGAGUUCGGAAAAUUCCGCAUAAGGUGGGAUGGAAAGGAAGCUUCAUGUGAGGUUAUUUCACAUAGUGAAGGAGAGCAACCUUUAGCGGGCCUCUGACUGUGUGAAAGGGAUACAGCGAGACUUUCGCAAGCCGUCGCCGAAAACCGAUCGCAGAUAAGGUCUCGAGGAGGAUUCUUAUUUACACGAGCUUCUAGGAGGCGAAGUUCAACAAAAUUGCGCAAAGAGGGCUCCUCUUAGUGUCAACAGGCUCAAGAGAAGUGAUAGUUCAUGCUAGUCUUGGUGCCUACCGUCAGCGCUGAUGUAAACAGGAAAGACAAUGUGAAGAUUCUCCUAGAAUCAAGCUUUUUUGGGCCAUUCAAGUACCACCUUUACCUGUAUCUACUUUCGAUAAAAUUUUUGGUUUGCGCGAUCUCGCUAGAAGGUGCAAUCAUUGAGUACUUGUGUAUGAUGUAUAUGUGUGAG